UCCCUGCCUUUGCUCCUAGGCUUGACCAUUUUGGAAUCGUAGGGGCAGUAGCGUAGUUUGUUAAGGAGAUUAAGAACUCCCCCCUACGCCGGUAGCUACGCGGAAAAUACGCAGGUAGGAUUUGAUUUAUUGGAACUCGCUCGCAAAAUACGCAGGUAGGUUUUGAUUUAUCGGAACUCGCUCGCACUACAAAAAAAAAAAAAAGCGAGAUAAAUUGUAUUGUAUUGUAACUGCCUCACAUUUUCCAACAUGGCCUCGUCGUCCCCUUCCACCUCGAGCUCUUCGAGAGACCACCCCAACGCCUCCUCAACAUUGGAGUCGGCAUUUGCUGGCGUACUAGGUUCCCAGAUGGCCCUUGUAAUACUCUACCCCGUAGACCAGUUGCGACUCUUUGCUCAGCUUGGUCAUGGAAGUUAAGGUUACCGCUGAUCAAUCUCUAGUGCAUGGGGAUCCUUCUUUUGUAUAGAAGGGUUCUUCCUGAUGAGCAAAAGUACUCCACAAGAAACUGUCAAGACUUUCCCACUGAAUAACAUUUCACGAGGGUCACAAUGAGUACUUCACUCUGUGAGUAAGUAGGAUUUCUGUUUGAGAAUUGAAAAAUUCAUCUAGUGGAGUUCUUCAGUUUUGGUCCUCAUCAGGGGGUGCCUGCUCUAAUCUCUAGGGUAUGGGGAUCCUUCUUUUGUAUUAGCUGAACUAGGGAUCCGGAUCCUCCUUAUGGAGAUGAAUUAGGGUCGCUUAGCUCUAAGGAACGCAGACGUGGACGUGGAGAGACCUGUAUGGAGGUCUCAUUCCAAUGAUGCAGUCUAGCGCAAUCAGCAAUUUCCUCUAUUUCUUCGUCUACGAUUUCGUACGGUCGAAGGUUCUUGGCGGCGUUGGGUCUUCUACUGCCUCGCGUGGAGCAGGUGGUGGUGGGACGACGACGUCAGAAUCGGAAAUUAAGGAAGGCUACUUAAGUAGAAGUGCCUCAUAGCCAUCCUUCUAAAUACAGGGACCCCUCUUCUGUAAACAAGGGAUACGCUUGGGGAACGAUCAUCACGUGGAUGGUAUGAAAAGAAAAUCUGUUAUCAUUAUCAAGUUUCUGAAGUAGAAAAGUACGAUAAUGAUAACAGAUUUGGGUUUCAUAGAUGGAUUAGGCCUACUACCAGAAUUGGGGGUACCUCAAGCUCUAAGGAAAGGAAAUCUGCAGCAUUGCUUUCACCGGUUAUCCGUGACCUGGUAUCCGCCACGAUAGCCGGCGUAGUGAAUGUACUCCUGACAGCACCCCUGUGGCGUGCAAAUUCGCUUUUUAGAGAACCAGCCACAGUGAUAAAUAAGGACGUGAUGGGAGCUGCUCGUGCUGGUACGAAUGCAAAUAACUCCAUUAAGGCAACCAAGAGAGCAUCCUGAGCAAUCAGAAUGUCCUUGGCCAUUUUCCCAAACGAAGGGGCCACUUUCCUAAAUGUGAAAGACGCCAAGGAUGCGGUCAGGGACUCGAAUCCGGUAUGUCUAACUCCAACUCGAGAGCAGGAGCAGCACCUCUUCCAGGAGUAUCACCGUCAGAAAGUACUUCAGGAGUUUCUAGUGGGUUGGAUGAUAUAGGUGGAGGUGAAGUACAAGUAGGAGACAGAAACACAGGAUCACCAGGACAGCCAGAACAAGGCGAGAACAUCGUUGCUUUUUUUCAUGGAACUAGAGGUAGUAGCCCACAACAUUCUAUAGCCGGCUCUGGUGGUGCCACGAGGCGUCCGAAAUCGUCGAGAAAGAGUUAUUCCCCAAGGGCACGUGGCUCUCCGAGGACACCUCCACCAUCCAGUCACAUUAAGGUUGGUACUGGCAUCAUCAUGAUCAUGAUCAUGCGUUUGUGAAUGGAAAAUGGUUGCAUUUGUUGAUGUAGAUUCAAAUAAUUAAGAGCCAAGACCAAGUGCAAGUAGUGAAUCAAAAUUAGUAUCAACCAUCAUACGCGCGGCUGACAGUCCGCCCUACGCUUAUUCGUCUAAUAUCCGAACCUUCCUGGCUCAUUCGCCUUCGUUUUUUACUCCUCAAUAUUCCGGGGGAGGCGGAGACAACGCCUCAUCGUCUCUUACAGCUACUGCCAACAGUGUCUUCUUCGAGUUCACCAAACUCUUCAUUGCAGUCUAUCGCCUAGCAAGGCACGACUUCGUAUGACAUUGAAAAGUGCACUCAAACUCAUACUCAGUUAUAAAGUUAGCUGCGAGGAGGAUUCAACAACAACUGGGAAACUUCUUCUACUCAGUAAUUAUAGAGUUAGCUGCCAGGAUUCAACAACAACUACAGGGAAACUUCUACUACAACUACCACCUGAUAAAAAUUUACUGAGCAGAAGUUUGAGUACACUUACAUAUUUGUCCUGUCAUACUUCGCUGAUCUGAUGUCUGGCGUAUCCGCAAGCCUUUUCCUGGUUUUGAAUCCGGUAGUACAAUUUGUGGUGUACGAUUCUCUGCGACGCCUUGCCCAUGGACGGUUUUAUGAGGUAGUUGUAGAUCGUUGUGCUUGAUGAAAAAGUGAAAAUGUAGUUGUACAUCUACAUGUACUCUUUCUGAGGAGAAAAAACAAUGCUGAUUGACUCUAACACCUCUAUCAACUACAAGCACUAAUUGUGCUGCCGUUCAGCUCUUCUAGACUACCUCUACUUCCAAGGUAAAGAACUCCUCAUAUAUUUCAUCAUCAUUCUUUCAUCAUUCCUGACCCCGUCCCACCUUCCCCCAUCUAAUCCCCAACCUUCCUUGCGGAUUCUCGGUACUUCUUCCUGGGUCUCAUAGCGAAGCUGUUUGCAACUUUGUCGACCUACCCUAUGCAGAUCGUACAGACACGUUCACGCGCUUCCCAACGUCGAAGACAUCGCUAUGUACUGGGAAGUUCUCCCAGUCCUGCUCGAUCCAGCUCGUCAUCCCCAAGAGUGGCCGUGCCACCUCCGGUAAAAACUAGUACUACAUCACGAACUGAAGAUGUAGCAAACAAAAGUCGUACUAGGGCUGCAGGUGCAGGAGGAGCACGAGGGCCAUCAUCGUUUCAUGAUCAGGAAGCUACUGGAAGAACUACGUCAGCUACAUCUGCAUCUUCUACAAAGAUUGACAGAACAGGCACUACGGUUUUGAACCUAUUUUCGAUGACGCGGGUUUUGUUGAAGCUGUAUAAGCAGGGUGGGAUCAGAGCGCUCUAUGUGGGCAUGGAGAAGAAACUACUGCAUAGUCUGUUGAAUUCAGCCUUUCUCUUCUUCUUCUAUGAGAAAAUAAAAAAGCUUUGGGUAGAACGACGAAGAGGGAGAACUUCAUUAAUAUCAUAAGACAAUUAUGUUAAAAAAGCAGUGAUCACUUGGGAAAACUACUAGAAAACAAGAGCUUACCAGUUACCACUCAGCAUGUUUUUGUCUAUUUGAUUCUGCCAUCUAGAUCUACGUCGAGAUCGACAAGGGAAUCUACUUUAUUUAUUAAAAUUCAACAACGAAUGAGGUAGUAGUACGCCUCCCCGACAAGAACAUAUAACUCGAGUCCAUGUAUGAGAAUACGCAGACAGCAGUGGCAGAGAUGACGAGACUCCUUCACUGAGGUGAAGCUGGCAACCAAUACGAAAAGGCAGCACUAGUGUUGUGCGGACAACUUGCGGCGUCAAGAGGCGAAUUCCAUAACUAUUUAAGAACAAAGGUCCUUAAAUAGUCAUGGAAUGUUGACAAUUAUAACAGAAUGAGAAAUGAGCAGGACUCCAGUGACAAGCUCCUUGUUGUAGUUCCUACAGCACGCGAAAUAAUAGUCCACCUCUAGCUCUACGUCGUAUACGAUCAUUAGUAUUAGAGAAUUAUAGCGCGAUCUUAGCGAUUUUUAGUACCUUCCGUCUGCAGCUGAGAUCUUGAAUCGAGUACAAGUAGAAAGUGUAGAUCAACUACAUUGGAGUAGUAAGUUUCAGCCUCUCCUCAAAGAGGCUUGCUGUUGAGGUCACGCAUUCGCAGCAUGUAGUAAAGUUGUGAAUUACAAAAAUUCUCUUCUUGAAAGAGAAGUUUCUG